ACGAAAGCAAACCCGCGACCUGCCUUAAGAUAUCGAUAGAUAAGAAAUCACAAAUUAGUCUUAUGUUGUCUAACCAUGAAUCUGUGCACAUUUCUUAUCUCUGUACUUCUAGAAACGGGCAUUUUUUCAGUCGCGUUUGGAUCACUGUGUUCAUCAAACGCUGACUGCCAACAUCACUACCAUGCACCACCUGACGGGGAGGUCUAUUGCCACAUUAUUUACUCACAUAUCGGCAGGUGUCAAAUUAGAAAAACACAUUGGAAGCAAUGGAGUCAUUGGGGUCACUGUAGCGUGACGUGUGGUGCAGGAACAAGGACUUCCACGAGGGAAUGUGUAGUAUACGGAACCGGAUCUUGUCACGGGUCGUCUUCAAGGACGGAAGCUUGUCUUCCCAAACCCCAUCACUGUCCAGUUGAUGGAUACUUUGAAAACUGGGGCGCAUGGAGCACGUGUAGUCAGACAUGUAAUCAUGGCGUCAAGACAAGGUCACGUGUUUGUGUUCCUCCAAAUCAUGGUGGUCAGCCCUGCAGCGGCAGUCGAAACGAGAUCGCGCCUUGCAUAAAGAGACAAUGUCCUGUAAACGGCUGGUUUGAGGAUUGGAGUACGUUCAGUCCUUGCAGCGUAACGUGUGGUGAUGGACACAAAACUCGAACUCGCACCUGUCAUCAACCAUUACAUGGCGGCUUGCCCUGUCAUGGAAAAGGAACUCAAACAAUGACCUGUACAGCUCCUCCAUGUCCAGUUGAUGGAUACUUUAAAGCAUGGGGUGAUUGGAGCGCAUGCAGUCAAACUUGUGGUCCCGGAUUUAAGACGAGGACGCGCGCAUGCGUGCCUCCUCUUCAUGGUGGCGCCCCUUGUGGUCUGAAUAACAUGGAAAAAGCACCAUGUCUACAGAAACACUGCCCUGUUGAUGGUGCUCUAAGUGCAUGGCAACAUUGGAGUCAUUGCUCAGCGACCUGUGAAGGUCAAAGGAAGAGGACCAGGACGUGUGUCCCUCCUCAUUACGGCGGGGCUCCAUGCAGGGGAAACACUGUAGAUACACAGGCUUGUGGUUCUACACACUGUCCAGUUGAUGGUAAGCUGACAGCUUGGACACCCUGGAGUCCCUGCUCAACGACCUGCGAAGGAAUCAAGAAACGAAUGCGGGUAUGUUAUCCUCCCAAAUAUGGUGGAGCUGCAUGCAGGGGAAGUACUGUCGAAACGACAGGUUGUGGUGCUCUGCAUUGUCCAGUUGACGGGCACCUGAACGAUUGGGGGUCCUGGGGCCAAUGCAGUACAACCUGUGGAGGUUUGAAAAAGAGGACUCGAACAUGCAGCUCUCCACUGUUUGGUGGUGCUCCAUGUACCGGACAGACAACACAAACAGCUAAAUGUGGGACUGAACACUGUCCAGUGGAUGGUGUUUUAUCGGCUUGGGGUAAUUGGUCACCGUGCAGCGUUACCUGUGGGAGCGGCUCCAGGGUGAGAUCCAGAGCCUGUAUCCCUCCACAGUAUGGGGGUCACAAUUGUACUGGGUCGUUGUUUGAGAUGAACAAUUGUGGUGAAAUUCCAUGUCCAACUCAACACCCAACGUCAACACAUUCUUCACUUAUUUCAAAAUCAAAUACCACAAAUGUAGGUGUAACUUGUCCAUCCUGCAAUGAGAAUCUGCAGUGUACCUGGAACACUGCAUGUCACGUGACGGAGAACUGUAUGGUCAGAUCUAUCCCAGGGUUCAGUUUCACCACGCAUUGCAUCCUGAAAGACGACUGUGCUGUAAUGAAAAUGCUGGCAAAGUCACAUGGAGAAAUUUUCUGCUGUGCUGAUGUAGCCUGUCUACAGACUAUUCUAGGAAUAUAAUUUACAAAAUAAGUGUGUAACCAACUCAAAAUAAUUAAAGAAAAGAUUGUUUUAUUUUGGAAAAUACAA